CAAUUGUCAUUAAUGUCAGAAUUGUGUCAUUGAUUGAGUUGUUUGUUGUGUUGUGAACUGUUGUGGUCCGCUAGAUUUUAGAAAUAUUAUCCCCAAAAGUUAUACAAUUCAGUGAAAAUGGCUGGAGAAGUGGUUGUUGAUGCAUUACCGUACAUUGACCAAGGAUACGAUGACCCAGGAGUCCGAGAAGCGGCUCUCGCUAUGGUGGAGGAAGAGUGCAGACGAUACAGGCCUACAAAAAAUUAUUUAGAAAAUGCGGGUCCAGAACCAAGUACAGCGUUUGAAACUACUGCCCUUCAGAGGGAAAUGGAACGCGUUCAACAGCGCCUGCCCAUGGAGCCGCUAUCUAUGAAGAGAUAUGAGUUACCACCACCGCCCGCUGGACGUUUAGGUGAGCCAGCAGCUUGGGCUGAGUCCGUAGAGAACUCACAUGCACAACUCUCACAUCAAGCAAUCAGAGUGUUAAACUUGGAACUGCAGUUAGGCUAUGGGUCAGAAGCAUGGAGAUCAUACCUUAACACUCUGCAAGCUUUGGUCACGAGAUCCCAGAAUGUUCAUACACAACUCAGGAAACAGAUAGCAGGCGUGAACUGGGAGCGCAAGCGUUCGCAGACGGCGAGCGGCGCGCGGCUGCGGGCGCUGCGCCGGCGCUGGGCGCACCUCGUGUCCGACAACUACCGCCUCGAGCGCGCGCUCAUGCAGCUCGAGAUACAGCUGCAAAAGGCCCAAGGACAAGCCCCCAUUGACGACAAUGAACCUGCAGAUUUGGAGGCGGUCAAGAUGUUACCAGACAAACUCAACUCUGAGUCUGAGAAGGAAGUGCAGAAAAAGAUUGAAGAUAUGUUUGCUGAUUAGAUUUAAGACAUUGUAGAAUAAGUUAUGAGAAUAUAAUUUAUAAUAAUUAA